AUGGAAGAAAGAACAAAUAAAUUAAAAACGAAAAACGCAAAACAACCUCGUAAUUGCAAACCGGAAACUAACUUUAUAUUUAAUAAACCUUACAAAACAGGAGGAGGUGCCGUUGGAGCUUUACUAUAUAGAUACGGGUUGAAGCAUAAUUUAAUAGCUGCAUUUCCUGCAGAUCCCACCUCAUCAGUGAUAGAAUCUAUUAAUGGCUCGGAAGUACUUGUAUUUAAAUAUCCGUGCGUAAACAGGUUUCCGGUUUAUAAUUACAUAUCAAACCAUAUACGUGAUUAUAACUAUACAUUGUUUAAACAGUUCAUACCAAAAGCAAAAUUUAUAACUAUGGCCCGAUUACCAUUUCGCCAAAUGGAGUCAUUGUUUUAUUGGAAUUAUCUUCACAUUAGUCUCGGUUUGCAGAAUUUCAGCAAUCCAUUUGAGACAUUCUUGACAAACAUAAAUUAUCGCAAAAAUGUUGAUCGUUUUGUAAAAUCUUUUCUGAAUCAAUUAGGACAUAAUGAGAUAAAAGAUCUGGAAAAAAGGUUGUUGGCAUACGAUAAAGAAUACGAUUUAGUCAUGAUUACAGAAUACAUGGAAGAGUCUCUUCUUCUUUUGAAACAGAUGAUGUGCUGGACAUUCGAUGAUAUUGUAUAUUAUUCACAAAAGAUAUCCGGAAGGAAACCUCAGCACAUCACCAGCAAAAUGGAGGAAGUACUCGCAUAUAAAUUGAGUAAUGAUAUUAGAUUUUAUGAUUAUUUUAAUAAGACACUCUGGCAUAAAAUUCACAACUACAACGGCAAUUUCGAAAAUGAUUUAAACAUUUUUCGUUCUAAACAAAUGCGGAUCACAGAAAGAUGUUCUGUAAAACAAUAUAAUGAUGAACCAUGUGACCUUCUCAGAAUGGAUGUCACCAAUUAUGGGCGACUUAUCCGCGAGGCUCAAUUCAAUACAUUCUGUUGA